UUCCAUUCUUUCAUUCCAGAUUCUGUCCGGACCUGCGGCAAAACAACUCCACAAUAAGAAACACCUUCAGAACAAAGAUGAAUAUCGGGAAAGCUUACAGUGCUGCUAACAUCAGCAAUGGAACAGAUCUAGCUAUUGGUUUUACCUCUUCCACAGUAGCUGUCCUUCUAUUUGGGACAAACUUUGUGCCUGUCAAGAAAUUUGAUACUGGUGAUGGCAUGUUCUUCCAGUGGAUUCUUUGUGCCUCCAUAUGGAUAGUUUCUUUGGUGGUCAAUUUGAUCCAGAAUUGCCCCCGGUUUUGGCCUCUGGCUAUGGUUGGAGGUUUUGUGUGGGCUACAGGCAACAUUACAGUUGUCCCUAUUGUUAAAACUAUUGGCUUAGCUCUUGGUCUUUUGAUAUGGGCUUCUUUUAAUUUGCUGACAGGCUGGGCAAGUUCAAGGUUUGGUUGGUUUGGAAUUGACCCGGAAGAGGUAUCAAGACCAAUCUUAAAUUAUAUUGGAGCUGGACUUUCACUUAUAAGUGCGGUCAUAUUUCUUUUUAUAAAAACUGAAGUCCAGAGUUCUUCAACUUCAUUAGAAAGCACACCUUUACUGAGAGAAAGUUCUAUUAAUGUUUCUGAAGAUACCACUGAGGACUCAUGGGUGAACAAACUUUCUCCAGCAAAAAGGAGACUCAUAGGCUGUAGCCUGGCUGUGGUGGCUGGAAUACUCUACGGUUCUAGUUUUGUACCAGUACUUUACAUCAAGGACCAUGGAAGAAGAAAUGAAACUGUAUACACAGGAGCAAGUCAGUUUGAUUUAGAUUAUGUUUUUGCACACUUCAGUGGAAUAUUUCUUACAAGUACCAUCUACUUUUUGAUCUAUUGUGCAGUCAGGAAAAAUAAACCUUGUGUUUAUCCCCAAGCCAUAUUGCCAGGGUUUGUUUCUGGUGUGCUUUGGGCAAUAGCCAAUUGCUGCUGGUUCCUGGCCAAUCACUAUCUCAGUGCUGUCGUGAGCUUUCCAAUAAUUACUGCAGGUCCCGGCCUUGUUGCUGCAAUGUGGGGAGUCCUUGUAUUUAAGGAAAUCAAGGGACUGAAAAACUACGUGUUACUGUCAGUAUCAUUUUGCAUCAUUUUGGCUGGAUCACUUUCCACAGCUUUUUCUAAAGUUUGAAAGGACCUUCUGGACCAGUAGAUGGUGCUAGCGUUUAACACAAGUAGAAAGACCGUGUUGGUAGAUCACAAUACACAAUAAUUUUCAAAGUGUAUGUCCAACAUUUACAUUAACUUACUUCAGCCAAGUGGAAAAUGAAAACAUUUGGCAUGAAAGAAAAUCUGGAAAUAUUUGUUCCUAUUUUUCUUGGAAUAAUAAGAAAAUCAAAGGACUUUAUUAAUCAAAGCUAAAUUAUUUUAUUGUUACUAAUUUCAUUCAGGUGCUAAACUUCAUGUCAUCAUAAAUUGUGGAUAAAUUGUUGUGAUAGUGGACAGUGAUUUUAAUUUUAGUUUAUAAUACCGUAUGUGUUUGCAAGCUGAUUUGUUUUAUUAAAACAUUUUGUCUUACUGACUUAAAUAUAAGAUACAUCUCAAAAUAUUCCUUAUGAAAUUGUUACACAUGAAGUUAAUAAAGCUUUUCUUUUAUUUAGAAGCA